CUGCUCACAUACCCAUGACACCCCUCUCCCCUCUUUCCUCCACACAUUUUCUCCCGUACCUAGUCGUGCUAGUGUACUGUACUGUACUACACGCCUCCAUUCCCAACCUAGGAGGCACCAUGCAAAGAUACAAAGUGACAAAGGGCUCGAGACAAGACGUCUCCCGAGAAGCCUUCCCCAACUCUCCCCGAUUCUAUCCCUAUUCCUCCUCUAUCCCGAACCCGCACAGGGAUCUACGCCCCUCCGCCGAACCCGAGAUAAUAUCGUGAAGCUCGCAGCAACGGCAAUUCGUCCAGUUACAUCGGUCUCUUCGCCCCCGCGACUCCACACGCCGCGCCCGUUCUUAUAAGUCCAAGACCCCAUUCUGGCCCUUCUAUCCUCGGUCCAGCUUCAGAU